GCGCUGCUCCGCGCGGCUCCAGUCCCGCGUUGCCUCGGGAAGGGGAAGGAAGAGCCGCGGCGGUGAUUGCAACAGCAGCAGCCGCAGCCGCAGCAAACAGCAGCACCGGCGGCGGCUGCAGAGGAGGAGGAAGCAGCGCUGGGGCUGCCGGCUUUCCUUCUCCUUCUCCUUCUCCUUCUCCUUCUUCCCUCCUGGCUGGCACCUUUUCGGUCCAUGGAUACCUUACGCAAGGAAGCGGUUGGCAAGCUCCGGAGCUGAUCCCACCACCGGCUUUGGAAGGAAGGGAUGAAAGAAUGAUGUGAUGGAGAAGAAUAUGGGCCACUGGUCAUAUCCUUUGGCCCCUGCUUCUGGCCUCGUCUUCCUGCUUGUUCAGCUUUUGGGUAACAUCUGUCAUGGCCUUCAAGGGAGUUUACCACUGGGCUUCCACUUCACACAUUCCAUUUACAACACCACGGUGUACGAAAACUCAGCAGCACGGACUUACUUGAACAGCCAAAGCAGAAUGGGCAUCGCGAUGGCUGACUUCUCUUGGGACAUCAAGUACAGGAUUGUGUCUGGCGAUGAUGAAGGUUUCUUCAAAGCAGAGGAAGUGGCAAUAGCUGAUUUUUGUUUCCUUAGGAUAAGAACUAAGGGGGGGAAUUCUGCCAUACUGAAUCGAGAAAUCCAAGACAAUUAUUUAUUGGUAAUAAAAGGUUCUGUCCGGGGAGAAGACUUGGAAGCUUGGACAAAAGUGAACAUACAGGUUUUGGACAUGAAUGAUUUACGACCUUUAUUUUCACCCACUACCUAUUCUGUAACAAUACCUGAAAGCACACCUUUGAGGACUAGUAUUGCGCAGGUCACCGCAACGGACGCUGAUAUUGGUUCGAAUGGCGAAUUCUAUUACUACUUUAAAAAUAAAGUUGAUCUGUUCUCAGUCCAUCCCACCAGCGGAGUUAUCUCCUUAAGUGGCAGGCUAAACUACGACGAGAAGAACCGCUAUGACUUGGAAGUUCUGGCUGUGGACAGAGGGAUGAAGCUAUAUGGUAACAAUGGAGUAAGCAGCACCGCCAAACUUUACAUUCAUAUUGAACGUAUAAAUGAGCACGCCCCAACUAUUAAUGUAGUGACGCAUGUCCCCUUCCCUUUGGAUAAGGAGUCUACGUAUGCUGUAGUUAACGUUGAUGAUCUAGAUGAAGGUUCCAAUGGUGAAAUUGAAUCCCUUUCUAUUGUUGCUGGAGAUCCCUUGGAGUACUUUCAGUUGGUCAAGGAGGGGAGAUGGUUGAAUGAGUACAAAAUCAAAGAAAAGAAGUCCCUUGAUUGGGACGCUUUCCCCUAUGGUUACAAUCUCACUUUACAAGCCAAAGACAAGGGGUCUCCUCAGAAGUUCUCAGCUAUGAAACUGGUCCAUAUUGCCAGCCCUAAGAAAGAGAACAAUCCGGUCAAAUUUGAAAAGGAAAGUUACGAUGUAGCUAUCAGCGAAUUCUCUCCUCCUGGAGUAGUUGUUGCCAUCGUUAAAUUAACCCCAGAAACCCAGGGAGAAGAAUACAAAUUAACCCUCAGCGAAGAUGCACAAUAUUUUAAGAUAAAUCCCAAAACAGGGCUGCUUACCACAGCACUUCCUUUAAAAAUUGUUGACAAGGAAUUGUAUGAUUUGGAAGUCACAAAUAAAGAAGGGGACUUAAAAGCACCUGUGGCUGUGAGAAUUGAAGAUGCCAAUGACCAUAUUCCAGAGUUCACCCAGCCUUCGUACAGCUCCUAUAUCAAUGAAAGCGUCCCUGUGGGGACUAAUAUUCUAUUGAUUUCUGCCUUUGACAAAGAUCGUGGGGAAAAUGGCUACAUCACGUACAGCAUCGCUAGUUUAAAUUCACUCCCCUUUUCCAUCAACCAGUUUACUGGGGUUAUUAGCACAUCCGAAGAACUGGAUUUUGAGUCUUCCCCAGAGAGUUACCGGUUUAUUGUGAGGGCUUCGGAUUGGGGUUCCCCUUACCGCCAUGAAAGUGAGGUAAAUGUCACCAUCGUCAUAGGCAACGUGAACGACAACAAGCCACUCUUUGAGAAGGUGGCUUGUCAAGGAGUCAUCUCGUCAGAUUUUCCCGUCGGUGGGCAUAUCACAGCUGUCUCUGCUAUAGAUAUUGAUGAGCUGGAGCUGGUGAAAUACAAAAUUAUUUCAGGUAACGAAUUGGGAUUUUUUUACCUGAAUCCAGACUCGGGAGUUCUACAGCUUAAAAAGUCUCUUGCUGGUGCUGGCAUCAAGGCUAGUAAUUUUGGACUUCGGAUCACGGCAACUGACGGGGAAUAUUUUGCGGACUCUAUGUUUGUCAACAUUUCAGUAGUUCACGGAAAGGUUUCUUCCAAGACCUUCAGCUGCAGAGAGACCAGGGUCGCUCAGAGGCUGGCAGAGAAGCUGCUGAAAAAGGCCAAAGCCAAUGUCAAACUUAAUUCUGAAGAUGGCUUUCUUGAUUUUUAUUCUGUGAACAGGCAGGCCCCGCAUUUUGAUAAAUCCUUUCCCUCAGAUUUGUCAGUCAGAGAAGAUCUCCCUGUUGGUGCUACCAUACAUCGAAUCAAGGCCUACGAUGCUGAUUCUGGAUUUAACGGGAAGGUCCUCUACACCAUAUCAUCCGGUAACACCGACAGCUGUUUCAAUCUUGAAAUGGAGACGGGUCUGCUGAAGGUCCUUAUGGCGCUGGAUCGUGAAAAGACAGAACUGUAUCUUCUUAAUAUUACUAUUUAUGACUUGGGCAACCCCCAGAAAGCCACAUGGAGAUUACUUACUGUCACCGUUGAAGAUGCCAAUGAUAACAAGCCUGUAUUUUUGCAGGAAAGUUACACAGUUAAUAUUUUGGAAAGUACAAGUAUCGGUGUGGAGAUUAUCCAGGUGGAAGCCAGGGACCGAGAUCUGGGAGUAAAUGGAGAAGUGGUUUAUUCUAUCUUGACAGACACACGGCAAUUUGUAAUCAAUAGCUCCACAGGGAUCAUUUAUGUGGGGGAUCAUUUGGAUAGGGAAGCCAAGGCAAAUUUUACAUUAAAGAUAGAAGCAAGAGACAGAGCAGAGAAUGGACACCAGCAGUUUUCUGUCGUUCCCUUAAAGGUGUUUUUGGAUGAUGUCAAUGAUUGUGCUCCGGUUUUCAUCCCACCUAGCUAUAGCGUGAAAGUCUUGGAAGAUUUACCAGUUGGUACAGUCAUCGCUUGGCUUGAAACCCAAGAUCCGGAUCUUGGUCUCGGGGGACAAGUGCGUUACUCUUUGGUGAACGAUUACAACGGGAGAUUUGAAAUAGACAAAUCCAGCGGGGCCAUCCGGCUCAGCAAAGAACUCGAUUACGAGAAGCAGCAGUUCUACAAUUUGACCGUACGAGCCAAGGAUAAGGGGCGCCCCGUUUCCUUAUCCUCGGUAUCCUUUGUGGAAAUCGAAGUGGUGGAUGUGAAUGAAAAUCUCUACACGCCUUAUUUUUCUGACUUUGUGGUGAUUGGCUCCGUGAAGGAAAACUCCCGCAUCGGCACAAGUGUUUUGCAAGUCAAUGCUAGGGAUGAUGACACCGGCAGAGACGGCGAGAUCCAGUAUUCCAUCCGUGACGGCAGUGGACUUGGACGUUUUAACAUAGAUGAAGAAACGGGAGUUAUAUACACAGGUGAUAUUCUUGAUCGAGAGACAACUCAGUCCUACUGGCUAACUGUGUAUGCCGCAGACCGUGGAGUUGUUCCGCUUUAUACCACCAUCGAGGUCUUCAUUGAAGUGGAAGAUGUAAAUGACAACGCACCUUUGACUUCCGAACCCAUUUAUUAUCCGUCUGUUUUGGAAAAUUCCCCGAAGGAUGUUUCAGUCAUUCAGAUACAGGCACACGAUCCUGAUUCCAGCACUACUGAAAAGAUUACAUACAGGAUUACAAGUGGAAACCCCCAAAACUUUUUUGCCAUCAACACCAAAACCGGGCUCAUAACCACAACUUCAAGAAAGCUAGAUCGUGAACAGCAGGCAGAACACUUUCUUGAGGUGACAGUAACUGAUGGAGGGGUCUCUCCCAAGCAGUCGACGGUAUGGCUGGUAGUCCAGGUUCUGGAUGAAAACGAUAACAAGCCUCAGUUCCCAGAGAAAGUCUAUCAGGUCAAGUUGCCCGAAAGGGACCGAAAGAAGAGAGGGGAGCCCAUAUACCGAGCCUUUGCCUUCGACAAGGACGAAGGCCCCAACGCCGAGAUUUCCUACAGCAUUGUGGAUGGAAACGAAGACGCCAAGUUCUUCAUUGACCCCAAGACUGGAAUGGUUUCUUCGCGAAAGCAGUUCACUGCAGGGAGCUAUGAUAUCUUAACUAUCAAAGCAGUUGACAACGGCCGGCCCCAGAAGUCUUCUACAGCACGCCUCCACAUCGAAUGGAUUAAGAAGCCACCUCCAUCCCUCGUUCCUCUGACUUUCGAUGAGCCCUUCUAUAACUUCACCAUCAUGGAAAGUGACCGAGUGACAGAAAUUGUCGGCGUGGUCUCCGUGCAACCUGCUAACAUCCCCUUGUGGUUUGACAUUGUGGGUGGCAAGCAUGCCCGGGAGAUGUUCUAUAUCCUACAGACAGCUUGUGGGCAGAACUGCUCAACAGAAGGGGGGAAUUUCGAGAGCUCUUUCGAAGCGGACAAAGGUGUGGGGACGAUUGUCGUCGCAAAACCCUUGGACGCAGAGCAGAGGUCGAUGUACAACAUGACAGUGGAAGUCACCGAUGGAACCAAUGUAGCCAGCACUCAGGUAUUAAUCAAAGUUUUGGACAACAACGAUAACGGUCCAGAAUUUUCCCACCCAAACUACGAUGUGAUGAUUUCUGAGGACAUCAUGCCCGACACCGAGAUCCUUCAAGUAGAAGCCAUGGACAGAGAUGAGAAGCACAAGCUCAGCUACAUCAUUCACAGCAGCCUUGAUUCUAUCAGCAUGAGAAAAUUCAGGAUGGAUCCCAACACAGGCGUCCUCUAUACCGCUGAGCGUUUAGAUCAUGAAGCUCAAGAUAAGCACAUCCUCAACAUAAUGGUUCGAGACCAGGAGUUUCCUUAUCGACGUAACUUGGCGAGGAUCAUUGUAAACGUGGAGGAUUCCAAUGAUCACAGUCCUUACUUCACCAGCCCUCUGUACGAAGCCUCUGUGUUUGAAUCGGCUGCCGUCGGAUCUGCAGUUUUGCAGGUCACUGCCCUGGACAAAGAUAAAGGAGAGAACGCAGAGUUGAUGUACACCAUUGAAGCAGGGAAUACUGGAAACACAUUCAGGAUUGAACCAAUUCUAGGCAUCAUCACCGUGCUGAAAGAACCAGACCUGACCACCAUGAACCAGUUUGUGCUAUCCGUUAAAGCGGCCGACCAGGGUUCUCCCCCGUUGUCAGCUACUGCCAUUGUCCGCAUAUCUGUGACGAUGUCGGACAACUCCCACCCCAAAUUCACGCACAAGGAAUGGCAAGCUGAAAUCAAUGAAAAUGUUGAUUUUGGGACUUCGGUUAUCCAAGUCUCGGCAAUCAGUCAGUCUACAUUAGUGUACGAAGUCAAAGAUGGCAAUGUAGACGGAGCCUUCGUGAUCAACCCUUAUUCUGGAGUCAUCACGAGCCAGAAGUCUCUUGAUUAUGAGCACACUUCCUCUUACCAGCUUGUAGUGCAAGCCACAAACAUGGCAGGGAUGGCAUCAAAUGCCACUGUAAACAUCCAGAUAGUUGAUGAAAAUGACAACCCGCCUGUUUUUCUUUUUUCUCAAUACUUGGGCAGCAUCAGUGAAGCCGCACCUGUAAAUAGCAUUGUCCGGAGCGUGGGAAACAAUCCACUUGUGAUACGAGCCACGGAUGCCGAUAGUAAUCAAAAUGCACUGCUCGUCUACCAGAUUGUGGAGUCAACUGCCAAGAAUUAUUUUACAGUAGACUCUAGUACAGGUGCGAUUAGAACGAUUGCUGAUUUGGAUCACGAAACCAUCGCUCAUUUCUACUUCCACGUUCACGUUCGAGAUAGCGGCAAUCCCCAGCUUACUGCAGAAAGUCCCGUGGAAGUUACCAUUGAUGUAACGGAUGUCAAUGAUAAUCCUCCAGUGUUCAGCCAGGCAAUGUUUGAAACCAUCUUGCUUCUACCGACUUACGUGGGAGUGGAGGUUCUUCAAGUCAAAGCCGUGGACCCAGAUUUAGAAGUCCCCUCUGAACUGACUUACAGCCUGAUUGAAGGGAACACAGAAUAUUUUCUCGUUGAUCCAAUUUCUGGGGUGCUGACCAUAAAAAACAACAGCCUUUCCAAAGACCAUUACAUGCUGAUCGUGAAAGUGUCCGAUGGGAAAUUUUACAGUAGUGCUAUAGUGACAAUAAUGGUCAAGGAAGCCAUGGAUAGCGGUCUUCACUUCACUCAGAGCCAUUAUUCUACAUCAAUCUUGGAGAACAGCACCAACGUCACCAAGGUAGCGGUGGUCAAUGCGAUUGGAAACCGUCUCAACGAGCCCUUGAAGUAUAGCAUAUUAAACCCCGGGAACAAAUUCAAGAUCAAACCCACUUUAGGUCUUAUUCAAACUGUUGGCCUCCCAUUUGACAGAGAAGAACAGGAAUUAUAUGAAUUGGUGGUAGAGGCUAGCCGCGAGCUGGACCAUCUACGGGUGGCCAGAGUGGUUGUCCGAAUUCUCAUUGAAGACAUCAACGACAAUGCUCCGGUAUUUGUUGGACUUCCAUACUAUGCUGCUGUUCAAGUUGAGGCUGAUCCUGGCACUCUGAUAUACCGAGUGAGGGCCAUUGAUAAAGACAAGGGCGCAAAUGGGGAUGUAUCUUAUCUAUUGAAGGAGGACUACGGGCACUUUGAAAUUGACAGUCACAGUGGGAGCAUCACCUUGAAAGCGCCCUUUAACUCCGACUUAUCUAAUAUAGAAUAUUUAAUUAUUGUCAUAGCUAAAGAUGGAGGUGACCCAUCACUGUCUGCUUCUGUGGAACUGCCCAUCACCAUUGUUAAUAAAGCCAUGCCCAUCUUUGACAAGCCCUUCUACACAGCCUCUGUCAAUGAAGACAUAGAAAUGAACACCCCGAUCCUGAGCAUCAAUGCUACCAGCCCAGAAGGUCAAGGUAUCAUUUACAUCAUAGUAGACGGGGAUCUUUAUAAUCAAUUCAAUAUUGACUUUGACACAGGAGUCCUCAGUGUCAUCAGUCCAUUAGACUUUGAACUCAAUCCCAUUUUCAAGUUGACGGUGAGAGCCAGUGAUGCUCUUACUGGUGCCCGAGCUGAAGUUACAGUGGACUUAAUUAUCAAGGAUGUCAAUGACAAUGCUCCAGUGUUUGACCACUUUGCUUAUAACGCCACCUUAACCGAAGCCUCCUUGAUUGGGACUCCUGUCUUACAGGUCAUUGCUACCGAUGCAGAUUCCGACAAUAACAAAAUCAUUCAGUACCAGAUAGUCCAGGACACUUUCAAUAGCACAGAUUAUUUUCAUAUCGAUGGGACAAGCGGACUGAUCCUAACUGCCCGCUUGUUGGACCAUGAACUGAUGCAGCAGUGCAGCUUAAAAGUACGGGCCACCGAUAAUGGAUUCCCACCUCUAAGCAGUGAAGUUCUAGUUAACAUCUACGUGACAGAUAUGAACGACAACCCUCCUAUUUUUAAUCAGUUGAUCUAUGAAUCCUAUGUCAGUGAAUUAGCUCCUCGGGGUCAUUUUGUGACCUGUGUCCAGGCUUCCGAUGCAGACAGCUCCGAUUUUGACCGAUUGGAGUACAGUAUCUUGUCUGGAAAUGACCGUACCAGUUUUGUGAUGGAUGCCAAAAGUGGCGUCAUCACGCUGUCGAAUCAUCGGAAGCAGAGAAUGGAGUCAAUGUACAGCUUGAACGUUUCUGUUUCUGAUGGUUUGUUUACCAGCACUGCCCAAGUCCAUAUCCAGAUUCUCGGAGCUAAUUUGUACAGCCCUGUAUUCACACAAAGUAUUUAUGUGGCAGAAGUCAGAGAAAACGCUGUCCCGGGAACCAGGGUGAUCCACGUAAAAGCAACCGAUGGAGAUUCGGGCAUCUACGGUCAGAUAAGUUACUCCAUCAUCAAUGAUUUCGCCAAAGACAGAUUUGUCAUUGACAGCAAAGGGCAGAUCCUCACCACGGAGAAACUCGAUAGGGAGCUGCCUUUAGAAGGUGACAUCACCAUAUUUUUAAGAGCUCUCGAUGGCGGAGGGAGGAGCACAUUCUGCACGGUCCGAGUCAUAGUGGUGGAUGAGAACGACAAUGCCCCACAGUUCAUGACUGUGGAAUACAGAGCAAGUGUCAAAGCAGAUGUUGGAAAAGGCCACUUAGUCACUCAGGUCCAAGCUCUUGAUCCUGAUGAUGGUGCCAAUGCUAGGAUUGUCUACUCCCUGUAUAGUGAAGCCUCUGUUUCUGUUGCAGAUCUUCUGGAAAUUGAUCCAGACAAUGGAUGGAUGGUAACCAAGGGGAAUUUCAACCAGCUGAAAAAUACGGUGCUAUCUUUUUUUGUCAAAGCCGUUGACGGGGGCAUUCCCGUACGGCAUUCCCUUAUCCCUGUGUACAUACACGUUUUACCUCCAGAAACCAUCUUGCCUUCAUUUUCUCAACCUCAGUAUUCCUUUACAGUAUCAGAAGAUGCCCUCAUAGGGAGUACAAUUGAUGCUCUCCACGUUUUGCCUAACCAAGGCGUCGUCUACAGCACGGUCAAUGGCGAAUUGACCGGAAACAACAAGGAUGGAGUUUUUAUUAUAGAGCAAGACACUGGCAUUAUAAAACUGGACAAGAGGCUGGAUCAUGAGGCAGACCCCGCCUUUCAUUUUAAAGUGGCUGCAACCUUACAGCUUGAUAAGGUGGACAUUGUGGUAACCGUGGAUGUGGACAUUAAAGUUCUAGACAUUAACGACAACAAGCCUAUUUUUGAGGCAGCCAAGUAUGACACGAUCGUAAUGGAGGGAAUGCCAAUAGGGACUAAACUUGUACAAGUCAAAGCAACCGACGCAGAUUCGGGGGCCAACGGUCAAGUCACCUAUUCUCUUUUAACAGAAUUGGAUAUUGACCAGAUCUCGGAAGUGUUCACUAUUGACAGCAACAGUGGCUGGAUCAGCACCUUGAAAGAUUUAGACCAUGAGACGGAUCCCACUUUUGCCUUCACUGUGGUUUCUUCUGACCUGGGAGAAGCCCUGUCCCUCUCCUCAACCACCUUAAUCUCGGUCACCGUGACUGACAUCAACGACAAUGCUCCCGUAUUCCAGCAGGAGAUGUACAGGGGGUCUGUGAAGGAGAGUGACCCACCGGGAGAAGUCGUGGCUGUCCUUAGCACUUGGGAUGAAGAUACCUCUGACAUCAACCACCAAAUUAGCUACCAUAUUACAGGAGGAAACCCCAAAGGGAAGUUUGCUCUUGGCCUGGUUCAGAACGAAUGGAAGGUGUACGUCAAGAGGCCUCUGGAUCGAGAAGAGCAGGAUGUCUACCUGCUGAACAUUACAGCCACGGAUGGACUGUUCGUAACCCAGAGUGCGGUGGAAGUGACCGUCACCGAUGUUAAUGACAACAGCCCUGUCUGUGAUCAGGUUACAUAUAUGGCAAUAUUUCCCGAGGACAUCCCUCCCAACAAAAUCAUCCUUAAAAUGGGUGCACAAGAUGUAGACAUUGGAUCCAACGGUGAAAUUCGCUAUUCUUUAUAUGGCUCAGGAAACGGCAAGUUUCUUUUGGAUCCUGAAAAUGGGGAGCUCAAAACCUUAGCUCCGUUAGACCGUGAAAAGACCCCUGUCUACAAUCUGAUCGCCCAGGCAACUGAUGGGGGAGGGAAAUUCUGUCAAUCAAAACUCCAUCUAAUAUUGGAAGAUGUCAAUGAUAAUCCUCCACUGUUUUCUUCUGACCACUACACCGCCUGCGUCUAUGAGAACACCGCCACCAAAGCCUUGUUGACAAGAGUUCAAGCCAAUGACCCUGAUGUAGGGGUGAACCGAAAGAUUGUGUAUUCCCUGGCCGAUUCUUCAGAAGGUUUCUUCUCUGUGGACAUGUCCUCAGGGAUCAUCAUUUUGGAACAUCCUCUGGAUCGGGAACUUCAGUCUUCCUAUAAUGUCACCAUUAAAGCUUCCGACCAGGGAAUUGUGCAGACACUGUCCUCGUUUGCCACCGUUACAAUUACCGUCCUGGACAUUAAUGACAACCCCCCUGUCUUUGAGAGGAGAGAUUACCUGGUUGAGGUGCCCGAGGACACCUCCCCAAAUGCCGAGAUACUUUUUGUCUUUGCAACCAGCAAAGACAUUGGUACAAAUGCAGAGAUCACCUACCUCAUCAGAUCGGGCAACGAAAAAGGAAAAUUCCAAAUCGAUUCUAAAACAGGGUCCAUAUCUGUAAUUGAAGCUUUGGACUAUGAAAUGUGUAAGGACUUCUUCCUGGUCAUUGAAGCUAAAGAUGGGGGAAGCCCAGCUCUGAGUGCUGUAACAACAGUGAAUAUAAAUGUGACAGACGUUAAUGAUAACCCACCAAGAUUUAGCCAAGAUGUCUAUAGUGCAGUCAUCAGUGAAGACGCAUCAGUUGGUGACUCGUUAGUAAUGUUGAUAGCCGAAGACGUGGACAGUCCUCCCAAUGGACUGAUUUCUUUCUCCAUUAUCAGCGGAGAUCAAAACAACGAAUUUUCAAUUGAUCCUGGCUUGGGACUGAUUAAAGUUAAAAAGAGAUUGGACCGAGAACGGGUUUCAGGAUAUUCAUUAGUCGUGCAGGCUCAGGACAGUGGUAAUCCUCCUUUGACAGCCACCGUGACGGUCAAUGUUGACAUUUCUGAUGUGAACGAUAACAGUCCUGUGUUUACACCUGCCAAUUAUACAGCUGUGAUUCAGGAAAACAAACCAGUAGGUACCAGUAUUCUGCAAUUGGUGGUAACGGAUAAAGACUCCCUGCACAAUGGCCCUCCUUUCACCUUCGCCAUCCUGGCUGGAAAUGAAGAGAAAGAAUUCAUGCUUGACCAGCAAGGCAUCUUGCGAUCCGCUGUCAUCUUCAAACGCAUGGUAGCCACUGAAUAUGUGCUGUGUAUUCAGGCCAAGGAUUCAGGGAAGCCUCAGCAGAUUUCCCAUACCUUCAUUCAGAUCCGGGUGAUCGAAGAAAGCAUCCACAAACCCACAGCCAUUCCCCUGGAGAUUUUUAUCGUGACUAUGGAAGACGACUUCCCGGGAGGUGUCAUCGGAAAGAUCCAUGCGACAGACCAAGAUGUCUAUGAUGUCCUCACCUACGGCCUGAAGUCGGAGCAGAAAAGUUUGUUCAAGGUCAACAACCACGACGGAAAGAUCAUCGCCCUCGGAGGGUUGGACAGCGGGAAGUAUAUCCUGAAUGUGUCAGUCAGCGAUGGGCGGUUCCAGGUCCCCAUGGACGUGACGGUCAACGUCGAGCAGUUGGCCCAGGAGAUGUUGCAGAACACGGUCACCAUUCGCUUUGAGAACAUCUCCCCGGAGGAUUUUGUGGGUCUUCACAUGCAUGGAUUCAGGCGCACCCUGCGCAACGCGGUCCUCACCCAAAAGCAGGAUAGCCUGCACAUCAUCAGUAUUCAGCCCGUGGUGGGUAGCAAUCAGCUCGACAUGCUGUUCGCGGUUCAGAUGCACGCCGGCGGCUUCUACAAGCCGGCCUACUUGAUUCAGAAGCUGACCAGUGCAAGGCGACACUUGGAAAAUGUGAUUCGCAUCGCUGCCAUCCUUGAGAAGAAUUGCUCGGGGCUGGAUUGUCAGGAGCAGCAUUGCGAGCAAAACCUGUCUAUCGAUUCCCAUUCCCUGAUGACUUACAGCACCGCCCGGAUUAGUUUCGUGUGUCCCCGGUUCUACCGAAACGUCCGCUGUUCUUGCAAUGGAGGACUGUGUCCAGGCUCUAAUGAUCCUUGCACAGAAAAGCCUUGCCCAGGAGAUAUGCAGUGUGUAGGCUACGAAAUCAACCAGAGACUCUUCAUCUGUCAGUGUCCACCUGGAAAACUUGGAGAAUGCUCAGGACACACUUCCCUGAGCUUUGCUGGGAACAGUUACAUCAAAUACCGGGUUUCUGAAAAUAGCAAGAAUGAAGAAUUCAAAUUGGGCCUCCGUCUGAGGACUCUGCAAAGCAACGGAAUUAUAAUGUACACCAGAGCAAAUCCCUGUAUAAUUCUGAAGGUUGUGGACGGUAAACUGUGGUUCCAGUUGGACUGUGGCGCUGGCCCGGGCAUCCUGGGAAUUUCAGGCAGGACUGUGAAUGAUGGCAGCUGGCAUUCCGUCUUCCUCGAGUUGAACCGAAACUUCACCAGCCUCUCGCUCGACGAUAGCUACGUGGAGAGGCGCAAAGCUCCCCUUUAUUUCCAGACCCUGAGCACUGAUAGCUCCGUUUAUUUCGGAGCCCAGGUCCAGGUGGAUAACGUCCGAAGCUUAACAGACAAGAGGUCCACCCAGGUCUUGAGCGGCUUCCAAGGCUGUUUGGAUUCCAUCAUCCUCAACAACAACGAGUUGCCUCUCCAGAACAAACGCAGCAGCUUUGCAGAGGUGGUGGGACUAACCGAACUGAAGCUUGGCUGUGUGCUGUAUCCUGACCCCUGUGAGCGUAACCCUUGUCAGAACGGAGGAACCUGUAUCAGUGUGCCAUCUGGGGGUUACCAGUGCAGUUGCCUUUCUCAGUUCACUGGGCGAAACUGUGAAUCGGAGAUCACCGCCUGCUUUCCAAAUCCUUGCCACAAUGGAGGAUCCUGUGAUCCCAUAGGCAGCGCCUUCAUUUGCACCUGCAAGAGUGGAUUAACUGGAGUGACAUGCGAUGAAGACAUCAACGAGUGUGAACGAGAGGAAUGUGAGAACGGGGGCUCUUGCGUCAAUGUAUUCGGUUCCUUUCUGUGUAACUGCACUCCCGGAUACGUGGGCCAGCAUUGUGGACUAAGACCCGUGGUGGUUCCUAAUAUCCAAGCUGGCCAUUCUUAUGUGGGCAAAGAAGAAUUGAUCGGUAUUGCCGUUGUUCUUUUCAUCAUCUUUUUGUUGGUAGUCCUCUUCAUUGUCUUCCGCAAGAAAGUUUUCCGGAAGAAUUACUCUCGGAACAACAUUACUUUAGUCCAAGACCCAGCCACUGCUGCUCUGCUCCACAAAAGCAACGGCAUUCAGUUCAAGAACAUGAGGACCAGCGGCGACAGCCGCAAUAUCUAUCAAGAAGUAGGACCACCUCAGGUGCCAGUGAGGCCAAUGGCCUACACCCCUUGCUUCCAGAGUGAGUCUAGGAACAAUUUGGACAAGAUAGUGGACGGACAUGGGGUGGAACAUCAAGAGAUGACAACCUUCCAUCCGGAAUCUCCCCGGAUCCUGACUGCAAGGAGGGGUGUUGUAGUGUGCAGUGUGGCCCCCAACUUGCCCGCUGUAUCUCCAUGCCGUUCUGAUUGUGACUCCAUCCGGAAGACCUGGGAAAACGGCAAUGAAAGCAAAGAACUUGACGAUAUGGAAGAAGUGACCUGUUUGUCGGGAAGCAAUAAAGGCAGCAAUUCAGAAGUUCAGUCCCUCAGCUCCUACCAGUCGGAUUCCGGUGAUGAUAAUGCUUCCAUUGUGACUGUCAUACAGCUUGUCAACAAUGUAGUUGACACAAUAGAAAACGAAGUCUCUGGUAUGGAUGAAGGACAGAACUGCAAUAGAGCUUAUCAUUGGGACACUUCUGACUGGAUGCCGAGUGCGCGUUUAUCUGACAUUGAGGAGGUGCCCCAUUAUGAGGCAGCCGAUGGCAGCUCAGCUCAUCACGGGAGCACCAGGGAGCUCGAGACGGAUUACUACCUUGGUGGUUACGAUAUUGAUAGUGACUAUCCUCCACCGCAUGAGGAGGAGUUUUUAAACCAAGACCAAUUGCCCCCUCCCCUCCCAGAGGAUUACCCAGACCACUACGAAGCCCUUCCACCCUCCCAGCCAAUCUCCAUGGCCAGCACGCUGAGCCCAGACUGCCAGAGGCGGCCACAGUUUCACCCGAGCCAAUACCUCCCUCCUCAUCAAUUCCCCAACGAGAUGGACAACGGUGGAACUCAGACUGGGAACGAAUUUAGUACUUUUGGCGUUGGCCCAGGACCAAAUACAGGCAACAGUGUGGCCAAGAAACCCUUGUCUUUACACAAUUCUCUGGACGCAUCCUCGUCCGAUGUUUCGAUGGGCUGUGGUUUUGAUGACUCUGAGAUUGCCAUGAGCGAUUAUGAAAGCAUCGAGGACUUCUCUCUCGAUCACCAUCAGAUUCACAUUCCUUUUGUGGAGAUCCAUCAGCAGACUCAAGUAUGAAGGAGCUCUUGUUCAUGGACUUCGUUGCUGUCGUUUGGUCCCGUUCAUAGCAUAACUCAACAACUCUUCUCUUUUGCGUCGUAAGUGUUCUACAUCUGGUGCAGGGUUGAGAUCCAAUCAUUUUCAGCCCACCAAGAAGAUUGAUGUUGUGCAUGCAUAUUACAGGGUGAAAACUGCAGGUUGUCUUGGAAAAUCGGUACCCAAGGUUUCAUCCAUUAAUUAGUCUUUGGAGUUAGCAUUUACUGCUUAUUGCCAAAAGAAAGAUUUCCUGGCGGAAAAUGGUUUGAUGGCAGACCAACCCUUCCAUUUUGCAUCAUUGCGUUUUAAACCAUUUUAAACCCUAGAUCAGUUAAUCAAUAAAGGAAAGGAUAGCUGGUAAUUCCCCACCCUAAAACCUUUCUAAAUCAGUUCAUUCAGAAUUGCUGGUCCAUUAAACGUAGUAUUUCUACAUUGCCCCAUAUGUUGGCCGAUUGCGUUGAAUGCACUCGCUCAUAAACACAGCAUAAGCCAAUCGUCCUCAGCUUGAUACUUUCCCAGAGUAUUAAGUUGCACUUGCCAUAAUUGGUGAUCAGCAUGCUUCUUGGUCAUUCAGUCUACGAAUAAUGGGUGUUGUAAUCCAAGACAUCAAGAGGAUGUCCAAUUGGGAGUGGUUCUAACUCAUGCCUACAGCUCUAAUUCUAAAAGAAACAGGGAAUUAAGAGUUAUUUGGCCAUCAUGAUGAAUCAAAUCGUAGGUAUUAAGAUGGUCUCCUUAAUCCAACAAUGUAUGCCACUGAGCCAUCAGUCUUGUUGGCUCUCAUAUAAACAACAGUGUGUCAACGUGAAAUUUAAUACCUAGAGAUUUCAUUCAUCUUUAAAUACCAUAUACCCUGACCCAGUGGUGGGAUCCUGCCGGUUUAACAACCGGUUCGGUGAUCGUGUGCUUUGCGGGGUGCACAGUUUUACGAAAAUUUACCUUCCGCGUUACUGCUGGGGAGUAACACAGCUGAGGUGCAGCAAUCUGCUCUGCCACGUGAAUCAGCUGAGAAGAUACAAGUCAGUAAAACGCAGGGGCGGGCGGGCGGGCCCACCUGAUCGUCAGAGCGAACCGGUUCACCCGAACCGGUCCGAACCGGUAGAAUCCCACCCCUGCCCUGAUCUUGAUUCAGGACUGACGCUGCAACCUUGGGUGGGUCAGGAGUAGAAAAAUGGAAUGGCCCUGGUGGAUGGGUUGGUUGGUUGUUUAUUUAUUUAUUUGUUGGGUUCCCUGUCCUCUUCUGAGCCUCGAUUCUUAGGAUACAUCGACGGCAUUUUUUUCCCCCAUUUAUUUUUAAAUUUACCAUUUACCCUAUAGUUGGUAAUGACUAGCCGAGUAAUAUCCAUAGGUAGUCCUUUCCCUUUUACCUUUAAAGAGUGCCAAUGUAGCUGUUGACUCCAUCGCCACCAUGUAUUUUAGGGGUGAAAAAAAAAAAAAAAGAAACCCCCAGCCAGAUGAUCUUUUUUGCAUAUUUUGAACACUGUUGCCACAUUCUUUGUCUCACUGGAAUUCCAGCUUCCAUUUCGCAUGGAAGAAAAUGCCAGGAGAAGAAAAUGCCAACCUACCAGCAACUGAAAGGAAAAAAUAAAUGAUUAUUGGUGGAAGGGAAUUAUGGUUUACGGAUGUCCCCGCAGGUCUUUCGUGGGAUUCGUCUGUGCGGGUGGGAGGAGGGGGGGGGGUCCGAAAAAGUCAAGAUGGGGGCUGCAACCAUGUAACUUAAGGCUCAUUCAUUUUUCAUGCGUGUGUUGCACAUAACGGCACAUGAAAGAUGUAGCUUUGAUUACCUCACAACAGGUUGCCUUCUUGACUUUCGCAAACCACACAUCUCAAUCAUAUCUUGUUUUUGUUUUAUCAGUACAAUGUUGAAUGAGUGCUUCCAUCCCAACAGAGAUAGAUUUCCUAAAAAUUCUUUACACCAAGUGACAAAUUUUGUGUUUUUUUACUUGGCUGGAUAAAUUAAAUAUUUCUGGUGUCCUCAUGCUAAUCAGCACUUAUUUCAGCCUCGGAGGAUACCGGUUAUUUAGAGCGUAUCAAGCCAAGUAGUUCAGUCAAAUGCCAUGCAAUAAGCAAGGGGAGCAGCUUUAUUUUACAAAGGUUAUCUAAAUUUUAUGUUGGAAGUUGAAUGAAUCUGUUGAUUACAACUCCCGUUGUAAGUCUAAAUUUUAUGUUGGAAAUAGAAUGAAUCUGUUGAUUACAACUCCCGUUUCAGGGUAUAAGAAUAUUGUAACUAAGGGUUAUGUUAUAAGAAAUGGUCUGGUUAGAAAAAUGUGUGUAAAAAAUUAUUUUUCGAGCCAGGACAAUACACUGCUGGUAUGAAUAUCCUGAAUCGUACUAACUUAACGUGUGCUUCCUGUUCAGUGAUUUUUUUUCCCCCUCUUGGGCUUCGCUUCCAAAUAUGGUAGACAUUCUUUUAUAACGCAUUUUAUAAAACGAUGGUUUUUGUUAACCCUUCUUCAGCCUUUUAUGAACCCUUUUUCGAAAUGCUUUGGGAUGAAGGAAACAUGGUACCUGGCCCUUGUGUUAUGGUGAGGAUGCUAAUGUAUGAAAUUGAAUGAGCUUAGUCAAGAGAGAAACUAGCUGAUAUGUGGGUUGACCUUCUCAUGACCAUGAAUGAGUGUUGUGUGUGUGUGUGCGUCUGUGCGCACACACAUACAUAGACACACAGAAGAGUUGACAUAAUCAACAUCUCCUCCAAUUGCUCAUGCUCAUAGCUAUUCUAUACAUUGGGGUUGCUUUGAAUGGAUACCAAAGUUACUACACAUUUGAAUUCUGGACUAUUGUUCGGUUGCACUUAUUUGUCCCCACACAGACAUGCACACACACAAACACACACACACACACACACACACACACAAAGUCAUUAUGAAGUAAUUCUUCCUCACUUUUAAAAGGAAUUUUCAAAUAAUGCUCUCUUGUUUUUUUGGGGGGGGACAUUUACUACUAUACCUGAACUUAAGUGAGAUAUCUUUUCCCCCCUACUUUCUAGUAGUCUUCCGUAAAAAGAAUAAACUCAAAACCUUUGAUAGUUCAAAGUAAAGGGGUGUUUUUGACUUCUAGAUAACUUGCAUGUGUGUUCUAGAAACCCCGAAAUAUUAGACUCUUCUUAUCUUGCCAGAUCCUAUGCAGUCAUCACUUCCUUCUUCUUCCUUUCCCCACCUCUCUUCCAGCAGCUGGCUGCUCACUGCCCCCAAUGUAAUUGUCCCACUUAUUCCAGAGCAUAAUCUGCAUUGCUAUCUAAUCUCAGAAUGAAUUGCCCAUUUAUACAUUCCACGGGGUUUACUUUCAGAUUCUCUUGUAAUGUGCUAUUAAAUUUUAGCUUCGCAUAGGUAAAAAGCAUCUUAGACAAGUGAGCUAAAUACAUUGGCCAGGCUCCAGAUGUUUGUAGCAUCCGCAAUUCAGCACAAUUAGUAGACAUGCACACUUUCUCUGCCGGCAUGUUGUUGUUUUUUUCUCCUUACUUUCUUUUUACCAUGAAUCACCCUGAUUUUUCCUGUCUUUAUCCCAACAGCAACUCCUCUGUCAAUUGGUGUUGAUGACAUGGGAUAAAAGAUUAGUAGUAAGUAAAGCCGUACAUGAUUAAGUGGCAUUGAAGCCAACUGGGGCUUCAAACCGUCUGCCCUCAGCCACUCUAUGCAUAGAUAAUUACAACCGAUUCAGUGAUUCAAAGAUGGGGAAAUACGUAUUUCUGAUUGCUCUUACACAUAAACCAGUUCAGCAUAUCAUAAAGUGGGACGGUUUGAAAAGAGCCGUGCGGCCAAUUUUAAUUUUGUUUUUUCCAGUCGGAUGCUUUUCGGGGAAUACAUAUUUGGUUUAAUUUGGAAGAGAUUUAAGACAAAUAUCUCCUCUCCCAACAACAAUCAGAAAUGGGACAUUUCAGAACUAUCUGAAUGAUGUGUAGUUUUUGGUGAGUUAAUAAGGAAAUUAAAGAUGGCCGCUUCAGUCUCAUAGAAGCAUCCACCAUCUUGAAUUUUUCUUGAUGUCCCUAUGCUCUACUGGCACCCUGGCAGCCAUGGGCAGCUCCAUUGAUUUUGAUAUGACUCAGGUUUUGUUCUAUGCAAAAGGGUCUUAUUCCUCCUACCGGUAGUAGACAAGAUGGCAGGCUGAAGUUCACAGGAAUAAGUGUUUUCCUAAAAAUAAUAAUAAUAAUUCCACAUGAUAAAGCUAAAUAUCUCAAGCCAAAAGGUCCAGACUCAGCAUUUUCUCUUUGCUUCCUAUUUACGAGAUGGUAAGAAUGUCUAUAUCACGUUAGACAUAUCACGCUUGAAGUAGUACUGCCCAGAGGCAGUAUUAGUUAUGUAAGUACUUGGUACACACAGGUAGGACCUGUCAUUGCAGUUGCAUACAAAAUGAGGGAAACUCUCGACUCCCACAUUCUAAUGUUGAUAGCAAAGCGGUUUAAUAUUAAUUUACUGCUUUUAUUAAGUGUGUCUUUCACAAGCUAAAGGUCAAUAAUUUCGAUAUUGCCACAGAGAACAGAAAUCUUCCCAAAAUUUUGAUGGGGCGGUUUAGCUGAACUGCAUCUUCCAAAUUCAUUCCAUAUAAUUGGGAGUGGGGGAAAAGAUUUGUUUCACGAUUAUGCAAACAUUGGAUUUUGGCAGUUUCCUUUCUUUGCUCAUUGCAUCUCUCCAGUAGUAAAAUCCAUAGUAAGUUUAUCCAUGAAAGAUCAUUAUUUCAAAGCUAUGCACCAAACAGAAGAGCACUGGACAUUUUUAUUUUAUUUUUUUUUUUCAUUUAGAGAGAAAAGGAGAGGCAGUGGGAUGUAAGUAACCGUUUCAUCUUUUUUUUUUUUUUAAAGAGCAAUAAUUUACAAAUGUAUUACAGGCCAUAACCAAACUUCACCACUGGCAGUGUUAAAGAAAAUAAUUGAACUGGAUCGUGGGAAUUCAAGGCCUCACUUAACAUAGCUUAAGCAUAUCAUUGAAUUCUUACCAGAACAAUUUUUCAAACCCAGGAUAACUGCUUUUUCAGGAAAUUUAUUUGGGGGGGGGGGAACCAAUCUUAAGUUCUCCUUGAAGCACUGUAUAAGAAAAGAUAAUUGUGUGUAAAUUUUACCUGUUGCAAGCAGGCUGGUUUGUAAAAGAUGUACGUUUUUGGUGUUAAAAGGUUUAUAAAAUAAUGUACAUAAUAAUUUUGAAAUUACUGGGCUUUUGUAGAUAUUCAAUGCCAAUCAGGUUCGCUUUUCAUUUUUGUUACUUGUGUUCAUUUGUGUAAAGUCAUCCGUGUCAGGUUAAUCAUAUAAAACAUUUCUUAUAAAACGAAAAAACACGUCUUAGUUGCUGAAGGGGACUUCAGUUUUUAUUUGGAUCAGCUGUUUUCGGUUAACUUCUGUUUCUAUGAAACUGCUUCCUGGUUAUUGUUUUUUUUUUUUAAUGGUUUUUUGUGCAAAAUGCAAUCACGUUUUUUUAAUGACAUUUCUGUUGGCCUUAAAAAAAAAAAGGUUUCUCCCAUUAUUUCACCCUGUAUAACAAACUUAUGCAAAAGGGAAGAUGAUCUCCAGAAAUGAAAUGGAUCUUGUCCCCUAUUGCCUAACACAUCAGUUGUUCAUUUUCCUGUUGGCAGUAUUGUCUUGUUAUUUUGCUAUUAAAAAAAGAAACAAAAAAGAAACAAAAAAGUGUACAGGUUUGUAAUUGCCCAAAUUUGCUAAAUUGGUCGUUAAAACCAGUUUUCAAUUAAAAACACACAGUUUUUGUGGA